CGAAUUGGAAGUGGGGUGAAGUCCAACGUCGGUCUUCGAUUGACAAGGGCUCGUUUUUCCUCCUCUAGUUUCUCCCUCAUUUUCCCCCAGAAAAUCCAAUUCCCAUUUCGUCUCUGGCGCCGAGGAAUCGAUCCUCAUGACUUCAGAUUUUGCCAUGCAAGUCCCCGCAGAGCUUGAAGCGGCUACGCAGCUGAGGGCAUCUCGGUUCUUUGUUACGCAAAGGCCAUGGCUUGAUCUUUAUGGAGUUCAUGUAAGACCAGUGGCUCCUUUUAGGAACACAAUCAGCAAGCCAUUUGUUGAUACAGCACUUAUACACAAAUGCUUGCCAGAUGAACUACUUUUUGAGAUCUUUGCAAGAAUGACUCCAUAUAACUUGGGCAGAGCAGCUUGUGUUUGUAGAAAAUGGAGAUAUACAAUACGUAACCCUGUGUUCUGGCGAAGUGCGUGCUUGAAGGCAUGGCAGAUAUCUGGAGCGGUGGAAAAUUACAAGAUAUUGCAGUCAAAGUAUGAUGGUUCAUGGAGGAAAAUGUGGCUUUCAAGGCCAAGGAUUCGUACUGAUGGUCUUUAUAUCAGUAGGAACACAUACAUUCGGGCUGGAGUUGCAGAAUGGAAAGUUACCAACCCAGUUCACGUGGUCUGCUAUUUCCGUUAUUUGAGAUUUUAUCCUUCUGGAAGAUUUCUUUAUAAGAAUUCUUCACAAAAAGUAAAGGAUGUGGCGAAAUGCAUGAAUUUCCGUUCAUCUAAGGUUGAAUGUGUCUUCAGUGGCCACUACACAUUGUCUGACAACCAGGUAGAAGCUGCUUUGUUGUACCCUGGCUUGCGUCCUACCGUGUGGAGAAUCCGCUUAAGAUUGAGGGGGACAACAGCUGGAGCUAACAAUCGAAUGGAUCUGCUCUCACUUGUUACAACUGGUGUGAACAGUAGUGCGAUUAACAACCCUGAUGAAGACAUCCUUGGAGUUGUUGGAGGAUGGCAGGAGGAUGAAACACACAAUGCGGACGUGCCUGCUGUUUCUCACAGAAGGGGUCUCACACCAUUUGUCUUUGUUCCAUUUGAAGAGGUGGAAACAUCAGUUCUGAAUCUUCCUGUGGAAAUAAUGGAUUACUUUGUUCCUGGCUGAUUAAUACAUGGAAUGAAUCAAAUACAAGGAUUCUCUCUCAUUCUGUAAAUACAACUAAAGAUGUUUUUAUGUUUUCUGCUCUACAGUUGGAAGCUCUUAAUGUGUGGCCUUCUUCACCUUGUAAAAUAGAUCCCAGUGUUGGAUUAUAAUGCACAUUGUCAACUUGUAUUUUGCAUGAAUUGAGUUGGUUUUGCAAUGUAAUCAUUGUGUAUCUAUUCUGUAUACAGUACCCAUAUUUUAAUAGACUUAAAAAAAUUAUUAUCAAUGUUCAAA